AAGAAAUCCAAAUAUUCAGCAAUCGAACCCUUGACCUUGCUCAUCAGACAUCAGUCGUCAGUUCAUCUAUAUCUUCUAGCUUCUGCAACAGCAAAUUCCAGAAACCCUAAACCCCCUAACCGUUAACUAUAAUUCCCUCCAAUUUCUUUUUCUUUCUCAAACAUUCAAAUUCCUCUUUAAUUUAAUCAUCUUCAAUCUCUGAUGAUCCUGAAAACCAACUAAAAUCAAUGGACAAAAUCGUCCACGAAGCACUUGAGGAGAUCUGCUCACAAGGUGUUAAUGGAAUUGCACUUUCUCUCCUAUGGCCUCGCCUCCACUAUUCUCUUUCCUCUUCUGAGCUCGACCUCUGUCCCGCCGUUAAACGGGCUAUCUGGUCGGGUCUCAUUUCUAUUCCUGGUCUCCUGCUGAAGCUCCAAAAUGGGUCUGAAUUUGAACCGAAAUCAAAGUCGUUUGAAGAAGUUGAGAGUUUAGGUUUGAAGAUUUUUGCUAAUGAGCAGCUUCGACGGUGCUUUGUUGGGCUCUAUGAUGUCAAGGCUUCCAAUAUUACCCCUCCUCAACAGCGAGUUCUUGAACGUCUUGCUCUUGCUAGAGAGAAUGGAGUGACACAAAAUCAACUUUGCAAAGAACUUGGAAUUGCUGCUAACAACUUCUUUUAUGUGGUCAAGAGGCUUGAGUCUUGGGGUUUAAUUGUUCGGCAGUCAACUAUAGUGAGAACAAAAGAAUCUUCCAGUGAUAAAGAGCCAAAAAAUAGCCAACCAGUGCAUACUAACUUGAUCCGUCUACACCGUUAUGCAUUACCCUUGUCUUCUCAGCAAAGACUUGAGAUUACAAAAGAGAAUAAGAAUUCUGAAGAAAUUCUUAGAGAAAAUCAGAGGGUUAGUAAAGGAGACCUUCUUGAAGACUGUAGUCAAGAUGGCGUACUUGUCAAGGAUUUCUUGCCUGCAAUCAAAGCUGUUUGUGAUAGACUUGAGCAAGCUGAAGGCAAGGUUCUAGUAGUCUCUGAUAUUAAACGAGAACUUGGUUAUCGAGAAACGCGAGGACACAGAGCUUGGAGAAAUAUUUGCAACAGGUUGAAGCAAGCUGGUCUUGUUGAAGUAUUUGAUGCAAAAGUAGACAGCAAAGUGGAAACCCCUACAAAAUCAAAAAAGAGCAAAUCUAGGGGGCAAAACAAGCCUGUUAGUUGUUUACGACUGCUGAAGCAAUUUUCUCCAAAACUUUUCCAACAAAAGAUUCCACAAUGCGAUUAUGAGGAUCUUGUCCCAGAGCAAACUAUCCCAUCUAGAAAAAGUGUUCAAAACACUGAUCAGCUUGUAGAGCUUCCUCUAGAACAACAAAUUUAUGACAUGAUUGAUAUGGAAGGAUCUAAGGGGCUGCUUGGAGUUGACGUGUGCAGAAGGCUUGGCAUCAGCACUAAAAUGUUCGACAAUUUGAUCAAUACAAUGGGCUCACGGUUUGGUUUGCAUCAACUUUCAGAAAACCGCAAAAGAGGGUCAGCAUAUCGAUUUUGGUCGCAAGGAAAUUUUUGCCCUGAAUUACCUAAUUCUCCAUUUAACAGAUUACCAGAUGAUCCUGAUGGCCAUCAAAACCUUGUAGCCUCAGUUUUGGAGCCACCUCAAUGUGUGAACUCCCAAAUAGCCGAUGCUGACUUGGUUUCCUUAUACUCCCAAAAAUGGCUAAUUGGUGAAAAUAUGGAAAACAAAGAUGCGGAGGUAAUCCUUAAGCAUGACUCUCAACAAGGAAGUGGAUCAAGCCAAACUUGUGGAGGUUCACCAGCUUUAGCGAAUGAUAUGAAUACUAUUGUGCCUAUAUCAGGUAGUGAAAUUGAAUCAACUGAGGCUUCUGCUAUGCCAUUACCCAAGUCGUUUAACCUUCAACAACGUCAGAGAUAUCCGUCGGUAACUAGUGCCCAAAGAGAGAAACGGAUACUAGAAAGACUUGAGACUGACAGAAUUGUCAUAAAACCUGAACUCCAGAGAUGGCUCGAGAGUUUUGAGAAGGACAAGAAGACAAAAAUGGACAGAAAGACCUUGAUGCAUUGUCUCAACAAACUCGAGCAGGAAGGGAAGUGUAAACUCAUGGUCUUUAGUAUACCAGGUGUUUCAAAUUUUGGCAAUCACCGUGAAAUACUUGUAGUUCUUCAUCCAUCUGUCAAAAGUUCAGCUAACGAAUUGUCAGACCAAGUGCAUGAUAAAGUGAGAUCCUUUGAAAUAGAAGUUCGUGGCAACGUAUCUCCUUCAAAGAAGAUUUAUUCUGUUCCCGAUCUAAAUGGCAUUGGAAGGAUUCCUCCGAAAGCAAACUUAGAAACUCAAAGUGUUAAAUCAGAAAAUAUGCGUGCUAAUGGAUUUGUCGUAGCAAAAAUGGUUCGGACAAAGCUCCUUCAUUGUUUUUUAUGGGAUUAUGUGAAUAACUCUGCUACAGGUACUGAGGUAUCAUCCUUGAACGAAAAUUCACACAGCUCAUGUCAAUUGUUUUGUUUCGAUGCUGCUAUCAAGGCUAUGCCUUUUGAAUUAUUUUUGCAAGUGGUGGGUUCUCCUCUUAAAUGGACUGAUAUGAUUGUGAAAUGCAAGAAUGGGUUUAUGCUGACUGAUUUUCCCGACGAGGAAUAUAGAAAUUUGAUGGAUACUCGAGCAACUGGGAGACUGUCGUGGCUUAUUGAUAUUUUACGCCGUCUCAAGCUGAUCCGGCUGGUAGCUGAUGAAAGACCCACAGAUGCAGCCAAGAUCUUACAUGCCAAGCUUAUAUAUGCUUUAGAGCUUAAACCAUACAUUGAAGAACCAACAUCAAUGGACUUUCUGCCUCAAGGCUAUGGCUCUUUUGAUGAAAGAAUGCAUUUCAGGCAUGACUUUGUGUUGUCCACCAGCGAAGCUGUAGAGAAAUAUUGGCAGACUUUGGAGUAUUGUUACGCUGCUGCUGACCCAAAAGCUGUUGUGCGUGCAUUCCCUGGGUCUGUGGUUUUUGAGGUUUGUCUUUAUAAAUCCUGGACUACAGUUAGGAUUAUGAAGGCAGAGCAACGUGCUGAGCUCCUCCAGCGCAUUAAGGAUCAGCAAAGCAAAAAGCUCAGCUUCCAGGAGUGUAGAGAAAUUGCCAAGGAUCUUAAUCUUUCAUUAGAACAGGUGCUUCGUGUAUACUAUGAUUAUCGGCAGCAGCGUCUUAAUAGGAUCCAAGGAGAUUUGAAUAUUCAGAGUGAACCACAACGCAAGCGAAAGAUUUCUCCGGAAGAGAGGUCACGGAAGCAUCCAAAAGUCAAUCCACUUAGCGAUUCCCACCAGGUUAAAGACAUUGAGAAGAAGGAUACACGUAACCAAAAGUUCUUCUGGACAGAAGAAGCAGACAGGCAAUUACUUGUUCAGUAUGCAAGACAAAGAGCAAUGCAAGGUGCUCGGCGUGGCACAGACUGGGGCUCAAUUAGUGACCUUCCAGCUCCUCGAAGAACCUGUCGCAGAAGAGUAUCAUUUCUGAAGAAAGACAUAAUGUUUAACAAAUCUUUGAUGAGGCUUUGUAACUUGCUUACUCAACGAUAUGCUCAGAAGCUGGAUAUUGAAAGUAACUUGAUUGUUGGGAAUGAUUGUUGUCAAGAAACUAAUUUCCAAGGUCAGCGCUGGGAUGAUUUUGAUGAUAGUAAAAUUAAGUUAGCUCUUCACGAGGUUCUUGCACUCAAGCAGAUGAUGAAAUCGGAGUCUGGUAAGAGAAGUGAAUUGGCUGCGCAGGGCACCCACAAUCCCAUCACAAGUAGUCCUUGUGACAUUGACAAUGACUCUGAAAGUAAGCAGACAGGCUCCAGUCGCAGAUCUAAGCGCCAUCGCCUUCCUCAGAAGUUUGUCAUGCAUUUGAAAGAGAGGGUUAGCAUUGCCAAGCGAAUAAAUCAGUCACUAGCUGUUUCUUGUGCUGUUGAGCUGUUUAAGUUGGUUUUCUUGACCAACUCAAAAGCUGUAGAAAUGCCAAAUUUACUGGCAGAAACAUUAUGUUGCUACUCAGAGCAUGAUCUUUUCUCAGCUUUUGACUAUCUUAGACAGAAGAAAAUCUUGGUUGGAAAUGGUCCAAGUCAGCCAUUUGUCCUGUCUCAAAGUUUCUUGAGAAAUCUUUCUUUGACUCCAUUUCCAGCAAACACAAGGAAGCGAGCUAAUAAGUUGGCGAGCUGGCUAUGUGAAAGAGGGAAGGAGCUGAUGGAAGGGACGGUUGAUCUACCUUCAGAUCUGCAGUGUGGAGAUAUUUUCCAUUUGUGUGCUUUAGUUUAUUCUGGAGAGUUGUCUAUCUUCCCAGUUUUACCUCCAGAAGGUGUUGGAGAAGCUGAAGACUCAAGGUGUAUGAAACGUAGAUAUGAUGACCAUGAAAUCGAGGACAAUGGUGUGAGCAAAAAACAUAAAUGCCACUCUAUACAAGAAUGUGAGAUCUUUUCCCGACGGGAGAAAGGCUUCCCUGGUAUAAAAGUUUCUCUAAGUCGAGCUGCAAUUUUGAGGUCCAGCAUAGUUGAGUUUUUCGAAGGUGAAGAUCAUGUAAACCUUUUCAAUGAAAAGGAGCAAUUUUAUGCAACUUUGGGUCAGAAAGUUAGCCGCACCUUAUCCUCUAUUGAUAGCGUUGAAGAAAAACUCCUGGAUUUUAGUAGUAUUGCGCCAGCUACUGUUAUUUUUGGUGAUUCCAUAUGGGAAGUUAUGACAAACUACACUAUCCAAGAUCUGGAGAAACAUGAUAACCAGAAACAUGUUCAAUUACACCCAGAGCUUAUAAAAACUGUAUACACGAAUGUUAAGCAAGCUGGUGACCAGGGUUUGAACAUGAUGAAGAUUUCUGAGUGCUUAGGAAUGGAAAGUUCUAUUUUAGCGGAACAUGUUGUUGGUGUGCUUCAAUUAUUUGGCCUUGUAUUGAGGGUCAAUGGUUACAAUUCUGUCCGAGUUGUGAAUGGUCAAUAUCGCACCAAGUACUUUUUGACCUCAAAGGCAACAUGUUCCCUUGAUGUUGCUUCAUCCUCAGCCCCUCAGAGGGAGGAAACGUGUACACAUAAUGAAAGUGCACGUUCUGAAAGUGAAGUGUAUCGCAUAGAUGAAGGUGAAGCGCAAAGUCAAAAUUCAUCUAGAGAGGUUUUACCGCUCUCAAAUGCUAAUCAGGUUCAUAAAAAGCAUGAAGCAUGGAGCACAAUUAAAUGGACAUCCGCUGAAGGGAGGAAGGAGAAUCAAAACUCAGAUAACUCGGCCUCUAAUUUUCAGCCAAUAGUACCUUGGAUCAAUGGGGAUGGAACUAUUAAUGGGAUUGUCCACAGAGGGCUUACACGUCGUAUAUUUGGUAUUGUGAUUCAAAACCCUGGCAUACUAGAGGAGAAUAUUGUCAGUCAAAUGGGAGCACUGAACCCACAGAGUUGUCGAAUGUUGUUGGAUUCAAUGGUUUUGGAUAAACACCUCAUUGUGCGGAAGAUGACUCAAAGCACUUGGUCAACCAUCCCUGGAUUGCUGGAAAGUCUCUCUGACAGUCUAUUUAGGAAGCCCAAAUAUGUUUGUCGACAACAUUACUUUGCGAAUCCCAUGAUGACCUCUUUACUAUGAUGCUUAUGAGCUUUUCCUGUGCUGUUUUGUGUCUUUGCUUUGGGUGGUCGAACCAUAGACAAGCAAUGCGUACAAUAAAUGUCCGUGUUGAUAUAUUGUUGUAUUGAUGCAACUUCAUAUAAUUACAUCACUCAAGUAAAAAAAUUGCAGCUGACCUUAACUUGAAGUGUCCAUGUUUUUGUAAUUAAAAACCGAAAGCUACCUAAUGGAUCAUUCAGAUUAGAUGAA